AUGAACCCAUCAAUUUGGUUUUCUAUUGGAGGUCUUAGUGGAGCAGCAGCCAUUGGCUUCGGAGCCUUUGGUGGACAUGGGCUUCAAAACAGAGUAAAAGAAGCCAAGAUGCUAGAGAAUUGGAAGACUGCAUCAUACUAUCAUCUGAUCAACUCAGUUGCUCUACUACUCGUUCCCUUUUCAAAGUAUCAUCAUAUUGCAGGUCCAUUGUUGGCUAGUGGUACCCUUUUAUUCUCUGGUUCUCUUUAUGCUAUGGUUUUAACUGAUAACAGAAAAUUGGGUAUGAUUACACCAAUUGGUGGUCUUGCAAUGAUGGGUGGAUGGGCUGCUUUAGGUCUUGGUGCUAGACUACCCCCAUCAUUUGUUUAA